AUGCACUGGCUCUGCAGGCGUGUCACUCUCUGGGCCCUUAUGGUCACUGCCUCCGGGACCAGGGGUCAGAAGACGGCAGGACUCCCUCUGACUCUGGAAGAUAGUUUGUUAUUGAACGAUGAACCCAGCCCUAAAUGCCGAACUCUGAUGCAAGAUGGAACUGUAAAGGAUUUCACUUGUUUCUUUAAGACGGCAGAUAACUCGUCUUAUGACUUCUACUACACCACAGACAAUCCUCCGCGGAGAACAAAGUGUGAGAUGUGGCACCGGACGGCUGAGGACAAGAGCUUUCUCCACUUCUGCACUUUCCCACAGUCGGAUAUUUUCUGGUACGUGGAGAUCCUUCUGGAAGUCAUCCACCGGAGCAGGAAUGACAGUCUGUUCAUGCGGACGGUCACAGUGGAAGACAACAUUCUUCCAGUGCUUCCCAAACACAUUUCCAUGAAGCAAAAUGAAAACAUUGGAGAGCUGGAGGUUUCAUGGCAGGUCCAAUGUGGGUUUAAUUUGUACAACAAGAUUAGAUUCUCGUCCAAAUCCAUGAAGGAGAAAAUAAAACAGGGUCAAAACAAAGUGAGUGAGACUUUGGCGGGUCUCGUGCCCGGAGAAGAAGUCAGACUUCAGGUGUCGGUCCGGUGCUCUCCCAACCGAAGCACGGGACACUGGAGCCACUGGUCAGCGGAGGUCCGGGCUGUGGUCCCUCAGUCUGCAGAUGACAUUUCACUGAAGUGCUACACAAAGGACUUGGAGAACAUCACAUGUCAGUGGGACGGGAGCAAAUACAACAUCGACUCUGACUACAAACUAUUCUACAAAAGUGAAUUUAGUCAAGGUUGGACAAACUGGACUGAAUGCUCUCCUGAUACCAAUGGGACCGGCGGCCAUUGUGGUUUCCAUGGCAACAUGCAGGACAAAAUCAGGGUGAAGCUGAGCAGUCCUCUGGCUCCACUCAGUCAAACUUUCUAUGGAGAAAACUUCCAACUCAACAACAUUAUCAAAACCCCAGCUCCAAGUCACCUAAAGCAAAAUGGAACUGACCCGUUUUGUGUCGUCUGGGAGUCCCCGCUCCCUGCUCUGUCGUCCCAUCUGCAGUAUGAGGCCAGCUACAAACUUUCAUCAGACAAACAAUGGAUGACAAUGUCUCCCGUGGGCCCAGAGACAGCAGUGUGCUUGAAGGUGUCAUGGAGCAGUCAGGUCAAAGUGAAAGUGAGGGCCAAGCCUCAGAGUGCAGUGUACUCAGGCCACUGGAGUGAGUGGUCAGAUGUGCUCACUGCAGAGGCCCCAGCUCCAUCUCAUCUCAUGUUGCUUAUUCAGUGCAGUCCCACAUUGCUCAUAGUCUUUGCAGUAAUCUUCAUUUUAUUGUUUUACAAGUAUUUCAAUAAGCUGAAGCAUUAUAUUUGGCCACCUCUUCCCAACCUCGACAAAGUCCUUCAAGAAUAUCUGUCGGAUAUGAAACUGCACAAAUUGGAUUCUCCAAUGACAACCAAGCAGCUCUACGCAGAACCCUCCAUCGUCGAGGUCCUGUCCACAGACUCUGACUCUGAGCUGGAGGAAAAUCCACAGAUCUGCACUGGCCUCCUCUCCUCUUCAGAGACAUCCCAUUCCAACGUGGGACAAGAGGACAGCAGCACUGAGACUGGGACCGGACUCUUCCCGGACUAUGUGGCCCUCAGCAGAGACACUGUCAUUCUAUGCUCCAAACAGAACAGUUAUAUCUACAGAGACGAUUUAAAUGAGGAAAUACAGGAAGUUGAAGAUCCACAAAGCCCGGAGCAUGAUGCCUUACCUCGGGAGGACGUCUUAGGAUUGUCAAACUUCUUGAAUCAUUCUUAUCUCCUCUUGGAUGCACACAGUCUGAACAGGAAAGAUCGUGUGCAGAGAGGACAUGGGAAUCUUUACACAAACAUGCCAUGUAAUUAG